UCUUCCUUGGCAACAAAAUAGCAACACACGUGAAACGUCAACGUCAGGCUACCGCGGAGUUGAGAGAACAAGUUGAGAAUUGGAAUUGUAUUUUAUUUUUAAAUAUCCGAAAUAAAGCAAAGAAAUAAACCGUUUCAAGAUGAGUUCAAGACAAGUUUUACAAGUCUUUGAGCAGUACCAGAAGGCCAGGACAACCUUUGUGCAGACUAUUGCUGAAUUGGCCUCCAGAUCACAGAACAUCGAGCUCCUACAAAAUGCAGGUGUGAUGUCCCUGUUGCGGCCUCUCUUGCUGGACGUCGUUCCCACCAUCCAGCAGACUGCAGCGUUGGCUCUAGGUCGCCUGGCUAACUACAAUGAGGAUCUAGCCGAGGCGGUGGUUAAGGGAGACAUCCUCCCACAACUUGUCUACUCCCUGGCUGAGCAGAAUAGAUUCUACAAGAAGGCAGCUGCCUUUGUGCUGCGUGCCGUGGCCAAGCACUCCCCUGAGCUAGCCCAGUCUGUGGUAGACUGCGGUGCCCUGGAUGCCCUGGUCAUCUGCCUGGAAGAGUUUGAUCCUAGCGUCAAAGAAUCUGCUGCCUGGGCCUUGGGGUACAUUGCGAGACACAAUGCAGAGUUAGCCCAGUCAGUGGUGGAUGCUGGGGCCGUCCCUCUCCUGGUUCUUGGCAUUCAGGAGCCAGAGCUGUGCUUGAAGCGUAUUGCUGCCUCAGCCUUGAGUGAUAUCUGCAAGCAUUCCCCUGAACUGGCUCAGACUGUGGUAGAUGCUGGUGCUAUAGCUCACCUGGCACAAAUGAUUCUCAACCCAGACCAGAAACUCAAGCGUCAAGUCUUCUCAGCCUUGAGCCAGAUCUCCAAGCACUCUGUGGACCUGGCCGAGAUGGUCGUGGAAGCGGAAAUCUUCCCGGCGGUCCUGACGUGCCUGAAGGACUCUGAUGAGUAUGUGCGCAAGAACGUGGCCACGCUGAUCCGUGAGAUUGCCAAGCACACCCCAGAGCUGUCCCAGCUGAUCGUCAAUGCUGGAGGGGUGGCUGCUGUGGUGGAUUACGUCGGGGAGUCGGAGGGUAACGUUAGACUGCCUGGUGUCCUGAUGCUGGGCUAUGUGGCUGCUCAUUCUGAGAACCUUGCUAUGGCUGUUAUUGUAUCCAAGGGUGUGACCCAGCUAGCCAUAACCCUAGCCGAAGAACCUCAGGACCACAUCCAAGCGGCUGCUGCGUGGGCACUAGGCCAGAUAGGCAGACACACUCCUGAACAUGCCAAGGCUGUGGCUGUGGCUAAUGUGCUCCCUAGACUCCUGCAGUGCUACCUCCGAGCUGAUGCCUCGGAAGAUCUGCAGACUAAGGCCAAGAAGGCUUUGAAGAACAUCCUUCAGAAGUGUGUCCACUUACCGGCCUUAGAGCCCCUGCUGCACGAUGCCCCAGCCAACAUCCUCAAGCACGUAGUGGGUCAGUUCAGCAAGGUGUUGCCUCACGAUGCAGCAGCACGUCGUCUGUUUGUCACCAGCGGAGGGCUGAAGAAGGUUCAGGAGAUCAAGGCCGAGCCCGGCAGUGCCCUGCAUGAGUACAUCAAUACCAUCAAUAACUGCUUCCCAGAGGAGAUUGUCAGGUAUUACUCCCCAGGCUACUCAGAUGCUCUGCUGGAGAGAGUUGAGCAGUACCAACCAGUGGCUUAAAUUACACCCUGACCUGGAGAAUACAAGAUAACAACAUACCGGCCAGAAUUGGGGAGUAAUGACUCCUGUAAAGGUUUUCUAGAAGUGCAGCAAGUAUGACCAGACAUGAUUUCUGAUUUGGUACUUAUUUUCCAUCAUGAAAACAUUGUUUUCAGGUAUUUUCAAACUUACAUUUUUUUCAUAAGGCAUUAAAACUGAUAUACGAAUUUGCAUAUUGCUUUUGAGAAAUCAUUGCAUGUAGCAUUGGUAAUGGUAUGUGUUUCAAGUAUACUAUAGCCCGUUCAUGCAAAAACGGUUGUUAACUGCAUAGUGCAAACACUUCGGAAGCUCCGUUGCACACAAACACACUGUGAAUGGUGCUCUCAUUUUAUUAUCAGGACACUCUUGCACAUACUCAAUGCCAUAUCAAGUAAAGUUUCACUUUUGUGAAUGCAAAUUGGCCCACAUGCACGUUUGUAUAGUGCAUAUCAUAAGUUUAAAAUGAAAGUACUAAUAAUGUCCUCUUAACCACAAUGUGUAGCACCCUCCAGAGUAGAGUUUAAUACACCAUCCUUGUGAAAAGUAAAAUGCUACAAUAGUAGUCUUUGUUUCAGUCGCUCAUACUUGCUAGCACUUCAACAGUGAGGGUACAGCACAGUUUGAAAACUUUGAGUAUUGUCAAACUACACUGAUAUGAGAUUAAAAGUUUAACUAUUAUAUUGCUUGGUUUACUCGGUAAUAACACUUUAACUUUUUUUCAAGCAUCAUUAUUAUUUCAUGUUUUUCAAUUGAAAUGCUCUUUGAGAAGAACGUUCAGUCUUUCAGCUCGCCCUGGUUAACAUUUUGAGUUGCAGAAAAAGUAUGCAUUUAUUUCAAAUUAUAAAAUAAUCAUUGUUGAUAGAAUUCUGAUAUUUACGUGUGUAAAAUAACAAGGUAUUGAUAAAUUUGCCCAGUUGUUUUCCUAACGCCCACCAAUUAACUGAAGGAGAGAGAUAAUUUAAACUGUGAUGUACGUGUGUUUAACCAGUUGGUGCCUUCAUAACAUCCAAAACCUUUGUAUUCAAGAGUUCCGUCCAGUCAGACAAUUUGCAUGAAUUUUCCACAUAAUUGAUGAUUUAAAUAUUAAGUCAUGUUUUGCUUUUUUGUACAUACUUUUCAUGUUUUGAAUAACAUUGUAUUUCGUGGAAAUUUAAUACUGUAAAACACCACCCAAAUGUGUUUAUUGUGUCUUGAAUGUUAAGCUAUCCCUUUGUUAUAAUAGUGAGCAGGUCCUUGUACAUACUGUUGGCUUGAAUAAAAUAGUUUCGCAGAUUCUCGAUUGAAAUUUA